GGCAGCGCCGAGCAGAGCAGAGCAGAGCUCGCAAUACACUCACACACUCACUCUCAGACGCACACACACACAUUCUUCCAGCUGUUCCGCGCUGAGGAGCCGAACCGGAGGGCGAGGCUGAGGAGAAACCUUUGAAGACUCUGGCAGACUCGUCCCUUUGUGUUUCCAGACGGUGAGAUCUUCCAGUUCGGCUGAAGAAGACACGGCCGAAACCGUCCUAUCUCAGAGCUGAAGGAGUGAGGAUAACACAAACCAGACCUUUGCCCCCCCCACCAGCACUCCCCUGUAAACUUUCACCUUUCAACCCUUGACCAUCAGCCCCCCCGCCCCUCCCCUCCCCUUCCAGACGGACCAUUAGCUCGCUCACUGAACCACAGAUUCUCCUGGGAGCGGUGGACCUCGCGAGCGUGGAGUGUGAGGCUGUCCGGCCCCUGCAGCUGCCCUGAUGGAAGCCCAAACCCUGGCUGAGAUGGGAGACCUGUGCCACCCGAGACCCCCCUCCCCGGAGGGGGAGACGGUGUGUGCGGCCCUGAGCCGGUACGAGAACACGCUGCGGGACGCCAUCCGGGAGAUCCACCUGGACGUCAGCACCUUCAAGGUGGGCAUGGAGCGUCGCCUGGAGGAGACGGCCAACCUGAGCGGGCCGCUGGGGCGGGCCGUGGCUCAGCUCCAGCAGGAGAACCGGCAGCUCCGCGGCCAGCUGGAGACUCUCACCCGGCAGGUGGAGCUGCUCAGCGGCUUCACCUGUAACAGGAGCUCCCUGCUGAAUAACAAUCACAGCGCCGGCCAGAACCACAAGAACCUCCUCAAUGACAUUCAGGAGAACCACCAGGAGAUAAAGGAGGUGUUCUACGGGAAGGGUCAGGCCCACACCCAGAGCCAGGCUCACCUCCACAUCCAGACCGCCGCCAUGGGGAGCCAGGCACAGACCUACGGCAGCCAGUGCAGCCCUCCGUCCCCACCUGCCGCCUUCUCCUCCUCCUCCCCCGCCUCCGGCAGUCCUCCUGCCGCCUCCAGAGUUUCCUCCAUGGUGACGAGCCCGGCGACCGGCAGCAGCCCCUCCAUCACCCGCUUCUCCAGCCGAGCCACGUUUGCUGUGUCCAGCAAGACAAACAGCAUCGAGCGAGAGGAGCCAAUAGAAAUAGACCCCGUCCCAACGCCUGCUGCACAGGAGAAUGGACAUGCCGCUAACACAGAAGAGCAUUCAGUGUUGGUACACGGAAAGAUUUCUCCACCGAACCAGUUCCCACAUGAGCACACGGCCCCGGUCGCCAUGCGGAUGCCCCACCUCCCCAUCACCGCUACAACCAAGACCGCAGAACUCAAAGGCUCCCCCGGCGCUCCCAGCAGCCCCGUCGCCUCUCCAUCCUCUCCGGUGUCCGAGGCCUCGCCUUCACGCCAGUCGGCUGGAGGCACCAACCAACCCCUACCUGGAGAGGAGUCUCCUGUACAGCCAGUGUCUUCUGUGAAGACCUGGAAUCCGACGCCUAUCAGAGCUCUGGGAUCUCCCAGCCUUCAUGAAAAAGCUAAUUCAGCUCCUGCUAAAUCGGUGACGUAUUCAGGGCUGCAGCACACUGACCGAGACAGUACUGUGAGCGCUGAGCGAUCCCCGGGGCAGGUGGGCGAGAGGAGACGGGAGCUGGUCCGGUCCCAGACUCUGCCUCGUAAUAUCGGAGCUCAGGCCCGUCGAUCCAUCUUUGAAAGACUCGACUCGGAGGCCAGCAGCAGUCGCCCCAAACCGGUGGACUCCAAACCCAAACUGAAGAGAUCUCAAAGUUUUGGGGUGUCCAGCGCCAGCAGCAUCAAACAGAUUCUCCUUGAGUGGUGCCGAUCCAAGACCAUAGGCUACCAGAACAUCGACAUCCAGAACUUCUCGUCCAGCUGGAGCGACGGCAUGGCUUUCUGCGCCCUGGUCCACUCCUUCUUCCCCACAGAGUUCGACUACAGUUCGCUGUCACCCGCCAACCGCAAGCACAACUUCGAGCUGGCCUUUGGGACUGCAGAAGUGAAGGCCGGCUGCGACCGCCUCAUCGAGGUGGACGACAUGAUGAUCAUGGGCCGUAAGCCGGACCCCAUGUGCGUCUUCACCUACGUGCAGUCGCUCUACAACCACCUGCGCAAGUUUGAGUGAAGCUGCAGGGGUCAAACCUCCCUCCCCUCCCAGGGCACCCCCCGGCUGAGGGGAAACAGACUGUGUCGCCCUCUGGUGGCGGAUUACUGAACACCAAAGAGAGACUGCUUCCAGUCUCAUCAUGAAGAAGAGGAAUUUUACUGUGUGAAUGAGUGUUUGUGUGUGUGUGUGUGUUUGUGUGUGUCUGCAGUCGAGUCCAUGUAUACUGGCAGAUAAAAGAGAGAGUAGAAACGUUGCUGUGUUGUAUAAAUCUUUAUUAUCACCACACGUGUUUGGAAAUUAUCAUUAAUCUUUGCACCAGUGGAGAGAAAACUUCACAAGCAUCACAGAGAUCUGCAGUGUUUUAGAGAAUAAAUGAUAA